AGGUUUAAGAGGCGAGACAUAAAGGAAAGUGCAUUUGAAGCGGUGAGAGGGUGAGAGAUGGGUCAGGCAUUUCGUCGAGCAUCUGGAAGAAUACGAGCUUCCUCCGAAGCCGAUAUUCCCAAACCUAAGAAGGUCGUCGAUCCACCGCCGCCACGGAAGGUGGAUGUUUCCAAGGCCACCGCACAACCGCAGGACACACUAAACGCCGAUGGUGGCUCUAAAGUUAACUUGGAGAAUGUUCUGGAAGAAAGAGAUCCAAAAUACGAUGCCAUGCUUGGUCAAAUGCUUGGUAGAAUUACUGCAAAACCUGGGGGGAAACCCGAAAUGGGUGAGGCUUUUGUGGUAGAGAAAUCUAAGAGGCCUAUGCCAAAGUUGCGAGAUACAAAACCGGAUUCUGGUAGGUAUGAAGAAAGGCCUGUUCCUACAGGCAAUUUGAAUGUGGCUCAGUUGCGCCAUAUCUUCCUCUUGCAUGAGGGCAGGGAUGAAGAUCACAGAGGACCAAUGGACGUCCACAAGAUUGCUGAAAAGUUCCGGAUUGAAGCCGUGCAGAUUCAGAGGAUCUUCCAGUUCCUGUCACUCCCUCCGGAAAAUAGCAACCAAGAAAAAAACAAAUCAUCAAGAUAAAGCUCUACAAGCAUAGCUAACAGGUUUGUUUGACAGGGGAUAGCUUUGAGUGCAUUUGUGGGAGGAUGAGUUUCAAUAAGGGUUUGGUAUGACCAACAAUGUUCUUUGUUCUUUCUUCUAUGCUACCAAGUUUUAGUGGCAACAUUUUUUUCAUUCAAAGCUCUAAAGUCUUAACAGCAGCAGCUUAAGCUAUCUUACUCUGUAAGAUACUGUACUUGUAAUGUAAUUUCUUAUAGGAGAGUUACCUGAAAUAUAUGGUUAGAUUUCUUUCUUUUUA